ACCUCAACCUACCCGGGCUUUUCCCUCUUUUCUUUUCAUUUUAUUUACUUUCAUUCGAAAACUGCGAAAAUCCAAAAAUGGAAGAGAAAUACGAAACUCUGGAAAUUCUCCAAAAUUCACCAAACUCUGGAGUCUUUAACUUAAUCUUAAACCGCCCAUCUGUCCGCAACGCGCUUUCUCUCGACUUCUUCACCGAAUUCCCCAAAGCUCUUAAUGCCCUCGACCAAAACCCUAACGCCGCCGCUAUCGUCCUAACCGGAGCCGGCGACCACUUCUGCGCAGGCAUCGACCUAAAAAGCCUCAAAGACAUCUUCCGCAAUUACUCCGGCGACCGCGGCCGCUCCGGUGAGCGAUUACGAAGACAGAUCAAGUUCAUGCAAGAUGCCAUCACCGCCAUCGAGCGGUGCCGUAAGCCGGUAAUCGCGGCGAUACACGGCGCAUGCAUCGGCGGAGGGAUCGAUAUCGUGACGGCCUGUGACGUAAGGUAUUGUACGAGGGAUGCAUUUUUCUCAGUGAAGGAAGUUGAUUUGGGUAUCACGGCUGAUCUCGGAACGCUCCAGAGGCUGCCCGGGAUUAUCGGGUUAGGGAACACCAUGGAGCUGGCGAUAACGAGUCGGAGGUUUUCGGGCCAGGAGGCGAAGGAGUUGGGUCUCGUUUCUCAGGUUUUCGCGUCAAAGGAGGAAUUGGCUGAAGGUGUCCGUAACAUUGCGGAGGGAAUUGGUGGGAAGUCUCCACUGGCCGUGAGUGGGACAAAAGCUGUGUUGCUAAGAAGCAGGGAGUUGAGUUUGGAACAGGGAUUAGAUUAUGUUGCAACUUGGAACUCUUCGAUGCUUCUGUCUGAUGAUAUGACCCAGGCAAUCUCUGCCCAAAUCCAGAAAAAGAAACCUGUUUUUGCUAAGCUGUGAUGAUGUUGUUGUUCUACUUGUUUACAAUCUAGUUCACCUUUGAUUCGUUGGAAUACUAAGGUUUGUUGUAGUAUUUUUCUAUUAGUAGCUUAUAAGGCUGACUUAGAUAAUAUUCCCUUUGUUCACUCGCAUCAGGCGGAUUGUCAAAGUUCAAGUCGAUCUAAUAAUCUUAAUUGUUCAAAUUUUUUUUUCUUGCUGUGCU